CGGGAAUCACAGCGACGUUGAAGGUCCCCAAAGCUUACCCAUUGACUUCUCCAAUCCCACAGCUCCAAAACUCAAGCUCCAUCCAAUUCCUCUUCUGCGAUCCACAUCGUCACCGCCAGUUCAUAAAUCAGAACUCAAUUCCAAUCUCAUUGUCUGCAUCAAUUGCUCACAGUGUCGAUCUGGUCUCCGCACGAGCCAAGGAACCCUCAAUCCUCGUGGUGCCCACAGCUUCAAGACUAUCAAUUGCAAUCAAUUGACGAGGAGGGGUCAUCGAUUGGGUCUUGACUUUGCGAUAGCUUCAAAAAUGGGUUGGUUUGACGGCAGUUCCACUAUAGGUGAUUGGGCGCCAGGUGCGUCCUCCAAAUACCAUCGUUCCGACAAAUCCCACCGAAGCAGCAGUCGACAUCGAUCUUCUGGCUCCGUCUUCGGCAGUGGAGACAGAAAACACAAUUCUUCCAAAAGCACCAUUCUUGGAGGUGAUCAUCACCAUAAACAUAAUGCCUCCCGAAGUUCGCUCUUUGGAGGCAAUUAUGAAAAACAUAAUUCCUCGAGAUCUAGCUUCUUUGGUACGACUUCCUAGCUGUAACGAGCACCAACUGGUUGAAAACAUGCUAACGGAAAAUAGGUGGUUUUGGUGGCGGCAGUCGCUCUUCCUCACACUAUAAACGUAGCCCGCGUGGUGGCUUCAUGAAGCGUGCCUAUGCCAAACUUCGACAACUCCUCAGAGAUCUUCUAUACUAUAUGAAGCGCAAUCCUAUGAAAGUUUUUAUGUUGGUCAUAUUACCACUUAUUACCGGAGGUGCAUUGACAGCACUAUUGCGCAAGUUUGGCAUUCGACUGCCGCAUAGCAUUGAGAAGUUGAUGGGUGGUUCCCCCAAAGGUGCUGGAAGGGGAAACUCGACGUACGAAAGAACAAGUGUCAAAACCGAGGGACCUCUAGCCUCCAUGGGUGGUGUAAGCAAUGUUGUCGGUGCUAUGGGCGGAAUUGGAUCUGCAAUGAAGAUGGCAAAAAUGUUUAUGUGAGUCGCAGGGCUGGACCAAUAGAUUGAUAUUUAAGGAGUUAGCAUGGGCGUUGGAUACCAGAUCUUAGGAUCACAGCGGUGUGGAUACUUCUUUCCUCCUAUGUCUUUCAGGCUAGGGGGAAGGAGUGGGCUAAGAGGACGAUUUGGAUGAUUUGGAAUAACAU